AUGGACCACCCAGCUUUCCUAGGAGCAGAAGUGAGAUUCCUACUAGGACUUGGUCAUCUUAGCUCUCAAAAGUAUAUGGACACAUGCUCAAAUUACCAUCCUAGAAGCUGGACUGACAAGAAGUUAAAGAUAGAAGGGACGAAAUUAUGCAGAAGGAGAGGGAGAAUACAAGCAAGGAGGGAGUUAAUUGGAGAAUAUAUAUACGUACAAGAAAAAGAAGCAGCCUUAUUUGAUCUAAUAUUAAAUACACUGUGUAUUAUCACUAGUAAUAGAUUAAAAGCUGACAUCAGAGUAGAUAGCCACGGACUUACCUGGUUUGACUCCUUUCUGAAAAACAGAACUCAGAGAGUCAAACUGGGCUCAUUCUUUUACCCAGUCGAGAAGGUGGAGUGGGGAGUCCCUCAGGGAUCUCCCCUCUCGCCAUUACUCUUUAAUAUAUAUGUCCGACCUCUGCUCGCUAUUCUGAAGGAGUAUAACAUCAGCUAUGAGUCUUAUGCGGACGAUACACAGAUCCUUUUGAGAGUAUCAAAAUCCGCUGAUAACUACAAGCUCACGCAAGAAGGACUAAAUAAGGCCAGGAACUGGCUAGCACAUAACCACCUCAAACUCAACCCGACCAAGACUGAGCUUAUUGCACCACAUAAAACACCUGAGGCUGCCGCCCCGUCUAUCUUUGGGGAAAACGUUGUCAUCGCCACACAAGGAAAGAGUCUGGGGAUAAUCUUGGAUCAAGAAAUGAGCCUCUGUCCCCAGAUUAAAGAAGUAAUACGGAAAGCAAACUUCGCCCUAUUCCUUCUAAAAAAAGCCCUACCGUUUCUCCCCAACACAUGCAGACAGGUCGUGGUGGGAGCUCUAGUCAACUCCCACCUGGACUAUGGUAAUGCAAUGUAUGCGGGGCUGCCAGAGAAAGAUCUGGGAGCUCUGCAACACUGUCAAAACAGGGCCAUCCGGCUCAUCAAGAAACUAGACUGGACAGAUUCUGUCACAAAAGCACCUCUUCACUUACAAGUGGGCAGUUUGAGAGAAGAUAUAGUGCUGAUCAGACAUGUUGUUCACAAGAUAAAUCAAAGAACCUUAGAGGUUGAGAAAAGAGUCUCUGUAUUAGAAGAUGAUACCAAACCCCUUAAGAUGGCAGCUAAGAGGGCGGCGGGAGACGUGGCUUCUUUGUUUGCAAAAACAGAUGAUUUAGAGAACCGCUCGCGGCGCAAUAAUAUAAGAAUUGUGGGGAUCCCGGAAGAAACGGAGGGGACAAAUGCCACAGAAUUUAUAGAAAAAUGGUUAUUUCAACUUUUCCAGGACAAAGGACUGUCCGCGUUGUAUGCUGUGGAAAGAGCACACAGGGUGCCCACAAGACCCUUACCCCCUGGCAGACCGCCAAGACCUAUUCUGGCCAAAAUGGACAAUGUAGAUAUGGUCCUAAAUGGUAGUAAAAUCUCCAUCUUCCCAGAUUAUUCUGCUGAGGUACAGAAGAAGCAAACAAGGUGUCGGGAACUGAAGGACUCUUUCAGCAGCAGUAGCUUCCCCGGCUGGGACUUUAUAAGAAUGAGGUUCCUGUCGUUUCUCCUGACACAGAAGUUUAGUUAG